GACACACACAACUCAUUUUAUCUUCCGUCUUCACUCCAGUCGAGGCUGACAGCAGAAACAGCAGAGCGGGAGAACUACAUUCCACUCCAAACAGGACUAUUUUUGUUUUUAACCAACAUGCACUAACAUGCUGCUGUGGAUGAAGAAGAGGCUAGCCUUAGAAUAAACUCUGCACAAGUUGAAGAAGUUACUUCAGGGGGGGAAGAGAAUCUCUUCUUGUGGACUCCUGGAUCGUCCAUUUGCUCCUUUUUUGAGUUUCUCUCUGAUUCUUCAUCCAGUCCCGAUGGAAGCCAAAGGAAAAUAUGAUUUCAAUGCAACUGCAGACGACGAGCUCAGCUUCAGGAAGGGAGACGUUCUUAAGAUUUUAAGCCCACAGGAUGAGUGGUAUAAAGCAGAGAUGAACGGACACGAAGGAUUUGUUCCACAAAACUACAUCGAAAUGCAGACGCCAAAGUGGUUUCAGGAGAAUGCGAGUCGCAGCGCUGCAGAGGACAUGCUGAAGUUCAAUGGCCUCGGGGACUUUGUGAUCCGAGGGUGUCAGAGCUCCCCCGGUGACUUCUCCAUCUCUGUCAAACAUGAGAUUGACGUUCAGCACUUUAAGGUGAUGAAAGACAACAAGGGUCAGUACUUCCUGUGGUCGGAGAAGUUCACCUCCCUCAAUAAGCUGGUGGAGUUUUAUAAGACCACGUCCAUCUCUAAAACCAGAGAGAUCUACCUGAAUGAUGGCAGCCCGUCUGGCAGGAACCCACCCACGGCUGUGUCGAUGAAGAGGGGGAGUUUACCAGAAAAGCGGACCCCAUCUCCAGCUCUAGUGUCGCCACGCAGAGCUUCAGACCAACCUUUCAACCAGCUGGUACAAACUUUACAGCACUUUACUGACCACCCCAGCCCAGCUAUGAGGGCCGGUUUAGAGGAGCGAGCUUCCACCAUCGGCCACACAGGAAGAAGCAGCAGCCCUGUUAGCUCCGCUUUUCCUCAUCGCAUGUCUGAAACCAUGCCUCUUCCCAAAAGGGCGUCCAUGCUGCAGGUCAAAGCGCUCUACGACUUCAAAGCAGAGGAAGACGACGAGCUCGGUUUCAGCGCCGGAGAUAUCAUCGAGGUGGUGGACUGCUCUGACGCCUCGUGGUGGAGAGGACGGCUGCGGGGAAAGAGCGGGCUGUUUCCUGCUAACUACACCAUGCAGCAGUGAGAACACCCAUCACUGCAGCACGCUCUUCCUCUCAAUGCUUGUGUGGGUUAGUCUGACACAAACUGAGCUGUCAGGGAUUCUAACCGUCAGCGUUCACAGGAUUCUGAGCUGAUAGGACUCAGAGUCACUUUGGGUUUUCACAGGAUACCACACAGUCUCAGGUUUUAUUCAACAACAUUAUAACGGAACUUCUUGAAGGAACUUUUUAAACCUGUCAGCUGACGCACAUGGUCUGCUGCAGAGAGCUCAGAAGGAUAUUUCAUUAUUUUUAUUAUUCAUUUCUUGACAGAAGGUGUUAAUUUUCAUUUUAUUUUGACUUUAAUUCAAACAUUUCUUCCUUAAAAAGAUUUUUUAUCCAAAGAUUCUUAAAGCCUUGUACAGAUGUUUAACUUCCUCAUGGCUCACUGACAUGGAAAUAAAAUAUUUUUAUAACAACUGUAAGUUUGAUCAAAUUGUGAAUUAUAAAGAGGGUUUUUGUUA